AUGUCGGACAUCUCUUACGAGCAAAAGAAAGCGCGAAACGCAGUGAAGGCGCGUGAUUCGAAGCGCGGGAAGGACGUCACACGGGCAUUAUUAAUUGUGUUGUACAACAGUUACAUUGCGCCCGUCACGUGUUUUGUUUCGAAAAGACCUGCAUCAAAGAAAGUCACAAAGGAUCUUGAAGUUGAAAGAAUCGAAGACAACAAUUGGGACGCUAUCGCUAAAGCAGCAGAUGAUGCCACCAACAUCAGCACUAAGAAAAGAGUUAAAAAGGAAUCGAGAAACAAUUAUCUUGCACAGUUCAUGAAAGGAAGACUGGAGAAAUGUGGCUUUGUGUUUUACUCAAAAAAGACAAAGAAUGCUAAGAUGAAGGUGCCCCUUGCCACUGUGUUACAAUGUAAAUACAACGACAUUUUAUACACCACAGACCUUGUGUACUUCAUUGGUAAAAAGUACAUUGAAUAUGCAAAGACACAAAUCGAGUCGAAAAUGUCUGUUGUUAGAUUUCCUGUUGUCCAAAACUUCUUGGAAAUUGAAAGGAGUUUAUAUGAAAACACAAGAAGCCAAGAGACUGAGCCAACACACUUUAGUCUGGUUCUGCAAACCAACACACCAACUUGUGACAAUCUCAGUGACAAUUGCUGUGCACAUCCUUUCAACUUUUGCACCGCUGAGAACUCUCCAUCUGUAGAGGAGAACGGCUUCAUACAGCACUCUGGACUUUGA